UUUUAAAGAUGGCGGUUGAGAUGGCUUCCGGAAUUUCUGUGACUUGGUACUCUCUUUUCCGGUUCUCCGUUUGCGUAGAAUUCACGACACAAUGAAAGCCAAGGGAGAACUGAAGGAAUACGAGGUAAUUGGGAGGAAGCUCCCCACCGAGAAGGAGAAAACCACUCCUCUCUACAAAAUGAGAAUUUUCGCUCCCGAUGCUAUUGUCGCUAAAUCUCGUUUCUGGUAUUUUUUGAGACAACUGAAGAAGUUCAAAAAAUCAACUGGAGAAAUCGUUUCUCUUAAACAGAUUUCUGAGAAAACCCCAACGAAAAUCAAGAACUUCGGUAUUUGGUUGAGGUAUGACUCGCGCUCUGGUACCCACAACAUGUACAGAGAGUACCGUGAUUUGUCAGUGAGCGGUGCUGUUACCCAGUGCUAUCGCGAUAUGGGAGCCCGUCAUCGUGCUCGUGCCCACUCCAUUCAGAUUAUCAAGGUGGAGAUCGUAAAAGCUGCCAACUGCCGAAGACCACAAGUCAAGCAGUUCCACGACAGCCACAUCAGAUUCCCACUGGCAAAGAGAAUCCAGCACAGGAACAGAAUGCCAUUAUUCAGCGUACGUAAACCACGUACCUACUUCCUGUAAACAUCGCCGAAAGUACUGUCUUAUGUAUGUUUCAACACAAAUAUAACGUACUGAGGUUAAUAAAAUUAUGUCUCUAUAAUUUUAUCCAA